AUGACACCCCCGUCCCCAUCCCCAUCCCCUCACCCCACCAAAUCUUCAAACACCCAAACACCAACCCAAAUCCCAACCGGCGCUUACGCAGUCCCCCAGGCCUACAACUGUAUCUGGAAUCCUCCUCUACACAAAAUAGCAUCUGCACCUCCUCAAAAUCCUCCUCACCCUACCUCCAUACUCCCCCAAUCAUACGCCUGUAUCUGGACUGAUGAUCCUGAUCCUCCUUUGCACAAAUUAGCAUCUGCACCUCCUCAAAACCCUCCUCAAAACCCUCCUCAAAAAGCAUCCAAAAACCCAGCAAGACAAGCAACUCUAGACCUUACACCUCAGAAAUACCAUCUUGCUGUUCCUGCUGUUCCUCCUCCUGUAUACCGGGCAGCCCUACCAAACCAGCCUACCCAACCUACCCAAGCAAACGCAUAUCGAUCUCCUCAUCAGCAGCCACAGCAGCAGCCCCUGCCGGCAGGGACUUUCGAAGAAAUGUCCCUUAGUGGUGAUCAGGGAUUUGAUGAUGAGGCGUAG